UGCUUAUUAUUCAUCCUGUUUUUCGUUUKUUUUUUUUAUUUUUUUGCAUUAAUCGUGGUAUAAUUCUAAUUUUCCCGAGAGUACUUUUGAGCCGAAGAACGUUGAAAUGCACAGGGACCCCAAAUGUAAUAUCAAGAAACAUGGCGGCAAAGGGCAGAUUAGGGAAACUGUCAGGACAUCUAAAAAACUCAUAUACAAAACGGGAACAACCGUCCAUAAGUUUAUUGAGCAACGAGAUGAAGGUGUAGAAAUAUCCAGCUCUCCUGUGCAUUUGAACGAUGAAUAUCACACUCUGCUCACACACGAAGCUGUCCAGUUUGUUGCUAGUUUAGUCAGACGCUUUGACAACCAAGUAUCAGAGAUGCUUAAUCAACGUCAGUUAAAAAAACUUCAUUUCAAGAAGACUAAUGAACUUCCAGACUUCCUGGACACUACAACCACACACCGUUUCUGGCAAAUUAGCCCAAUUCCACAAAGACUGAGAGACAGACGCAUUGAUCUUGGUGAUAUAACUCCAGCAAAUACUGAAUUGUUUAAGAGAGCUCUUAAUUCAUCAGCUUGUGGGAUUCAGACAGACCUUGAUGAUGGACAUUGUCCCACAUGGAGUAAUCAACUGAAAGGGUUAUACAAUAUUUACCAAUUUGUACAUGGCCAUAUGUCAGGUGUCCCUACCAUAGCAAAUGCUCCACUUAUGAUACUGAGACCAAGAGCCUGGAAUAUGCUAGAACACAAUGUUAUGAUUGAUGGCAAAGUUAUUCCUGGACCUCUCUUCGAUUUUGGCUUGCACAUUUUUCACAAUGGAAGAAAGAUGUUGGAAGGUGGAGACGGACCUUUCUUAUAUCUUUCAAAGCUAGAGAGUCACUUGGAAGUAAGGCUUUGGAAUGAUAUAUUCACUUGGGCAGAAGAGCAACUUGGAAUGCCAUUUGGUUCUAUUAAGGCAUGCAUUCUUAUUGAAAGCAUCCUGGCAUCCUUUGAACUCGAGCAGAUACUGUUUGAAAUAAGAGACCAUUGUGCUGGGAUUAACUGUGGCAUGUGGGAUUAUUCGGCUUCAUUUAUUAACACUUUUGGGCAUAGAAAGGAAUUCAUUCUUCCUGACCGCAAAAAAUAUGUAUCAAUGGAUAAACAGUACUUAAAGAGUUAUUUAGAGUUGGUGAUUAAGACCUGUCAUGCUCAUGGAUGUCAUGCAACUGGUGGAAUGGUUCCUGUCAUUCUACCACAAAAUGACCAGCACAAGUGCCAUCAAAUUAUACAAAAUGUUUGCAGAGUGAAAUUAAAGGAGAUUCAAGCAGGGGCUGAUGGUUUUCUAGUAUUUGAUCUUGAUCUCAUACCACCUUUACAACAGAUGUGGAAACAAAGUGUACCAUCAGUCAAUCAGUUGCAUGUGUUGAGGAAGGAUGUCAAUGUACUCGCUAAAGAUCUCUUAACCUUGCCAAAGGGUGGUUUUACAUUAGAUGGAUUGUGCAGCAACAUUUCUGUAGGAAUAUUAUUUAUACAAGCAUGGCUUCAAGGUAAGGGUUCUUUCAUCCUGAAUGGUUGUGUUGAAGACUCAGCCACAGCAGAGAUCUCAAGAUCCCAGAUAUGGCAAGCAGUUCGUCACCAAUGUGUGCUGGAAGAUGACAGUCGUAAAGUGACUAGAGCAUUAGUGGGUGAUCUGAUUCAUAGAAUUACUGGAGAAUUGACAAGCCAGUCAAAAUCAGAUGUUGAAAAAGAACAAAUAAAAGUGUCUUCUCAACUGCUGGAGGAACUGGUCUUUUCAAGAGAAUUUCCUCUGUUUAUCACCACAUACUUAUAUGAAAAUCAUAUUUUCAUUGAAUAUAAGAAAGGAAGAAAUAAUCAUUUUAUUGUAUAAUAAUUCAAAGAAAUGAAAUAAAACAUUUUUAUAAAAUUA